AUGAUGGAACACUUAUUGGUAAAUUUUAAUAUUGGGAAACUUAAGCGUCCUUCUUAUUCUUAUUCAAUAGUAUUGAUUACAAUUACUUUCUGUCAAUUAAUCAGUGGAAUUUUUUCAAAGUAUGAUUAAUCUUUAGAAUACUAGAUAUUAUUUAAUCAUUACUUAUCAUUACCCUAAUUUAUAAUUUUCAUAAUCUUCUCAGAUCAUCAGUCUAAUCAAAUACUUAGAUAUCAAUAGUGUGAUUUAAGAAAAUGAAAUAAUAAUAUAAAUAUUAUAUUGGUGGUUAUCAACAUAGAACAUAGUGACAUAUACACUUUAUGGAAUAUGUUACUAUUAAGUGAAAUAUCAAAAUAAGAAAAAUUUAAUGGAUUAGUCAAGUGCUAAAGUUUUAAUUAUUCAUAAUUUAGAUGUUAACCUAACUUUUAUUGAUUGAUUAAUGGAUAACUUGUUAACCCACUUAACUUGUUUAUUUAAAUAUAGUCUAUUGUUCAACUAAUUUAAAUUGUUUGAAUAUAGCAAUAAAUACUCAAAUUCAAUAAGUCCUAGCAAGUUGCUUUCUAUUUAUCAGAUUUAUUUCUUAAAAUAUAAUGAUACUAUUUUUUAUAAAUCAUCAUUGCAUAAAGAAAGAUGCAUUAUCUAGUGGAUCUAGAUUUAUUUUAUUAUAUUUGGAAGUCUUUAGAAUCUUACUUAAUAUAUAAAUAGCAUUUCCAGAUAUGAGUUAAGAAUUUCAUGUAAAUAUUUGAUAAUAAAAAUAGGUUAUAUUUUUGAUUUAUCUUGUUUUAUCAACUUGUAUAGCUUGUUUUCUAUUUAAGAUAAAUGAUUUUAAAUUAUUUAUCUCAAAUCGAAAUGUAAGAUAAGUAUUUAAAAUAUUUAUAUUCUCUUUAUUUGGCAUAUCUAUAGGAUUAACUAUAAAUUCAAUUUCUAUACAUUUUAACAUUACUUAAAAUGAUAAUUCAUUUUCAAUUAGUAUAGUGAGUGUAAUAUUAAUAAUAUGGAUUUUCUAUUAAUUUUAUUUUAACCAGUAAAUAUAACAUAUUUGUUAACCAGCUUUGAUUGGUGAUGAUUUAAUUUAAAAAAUAUUUAAUCUUAAAUCAAUUGCAAAAUAGAUACAUAUAAAUCAUGAAUUUGGAUAAGCUGAUUCAUUUUAUUUGGGUAUUAUAUUUCAACAUUUUACAAAUUAAUGUCCUUAAGAAAAAAAAGAAAGAUGUUUUUGUAUGAUGAGAAGUCUAUAUGAUCCUAAGAAACUUAAAGAUAUAAAAAAUUCUUAAUUUUCUAUGUUGAGAUAAAAAACAUUAUAUUUGAAAUAUUUAAUUAAAACAUGGUAUGAAAUAUAUCUAUUUAAUCAUCCUCAAGAUGUAAAUAUAAGAAUGAAUUAUGCAGUAUUUCUUUAUUAUUAAAUGAAUAAUCAAGUUUAAUCUCUAAUUUAAAUCAAAUUAACACGUACAUAUAAAUUAAAUCUAUUAUAAUAAUUUGAUUUAAGUAAAAUAGAAAUGUAAUUUUAAAAUGAAAUUAUUGAUAAUAAUAGUUUAAGUUAUUAAAAUGAAUUAGAUUUUGAAUAUGUAAUUAAGAUUGAAUAAAUAAUUAAGUCUAUAGAAUUUAAUAUUAGAAAUUUUCUUGAUUUUAGUAUAAAAUUUUGGAGACAAGUUAAAUAAAAAGUAAUUUAUGAAUAAGAUUUAUGGAAUUUAAAUCAAUAAAUUAUUCUAACAAUAUAAAAAUCUGAUGAAUUGUGGAAUUAAAUUAAUAAAUACAAAAUAAUUAAUAGAGAUAAAUUAAUUAUUAAGAAUUUUCUAAUUAGAAGACCUAAAUGGUAAUUUAUUUAUAAUUGGUAUUAUUUAUAUGUUCUAAAUAAAAAAAUUAAAUAAUCAAUGUUAGAAUAUUGUGAUUCUUAAAAUAUGAUGUAAUAACCUGUUGAUGAAGAUUCAGGUUCAGAUAAUUAAAAUUAAAUUGAUUAAUUUUCUUAUUUAAAACCUUUUAAUUAUACAUCAGCAAUAUUUCAUACUACUCAAUCUGGAUAAAUAGUUAAUGUUAGUGAAUCAGCAUAUGAUAUUUUUGGAUUUUAAUAAUAUAAUAAUAUAAAUUAAUUAUUACCAUAAACAAUCAUUAGAAAUCAUUAAUAUGGUAUUGAAUAAUUUGUUUAAACUGGUAAAAGUAGAUCAUUUUAUAAAAAGAGAAAGAUUUUAGCUUUAAAUAAUGAAAAGUAUCUUAUGCCAUGUAAAAAGUAUUUGAAAUGGCAUAUAAGUCCUUUAUCUUAAAUUGAAUAUAUAUGUAUGAUUAGACCAAUUUAUAGACAUUAAAGUGUAAAUUACAUUUUGGUCAAUAAUGAUUGGGAAAUAGAUUGUGUAUCUGAAUAAAUUUCUGAAUUCCUUUAACCUGGUUUAUGUUUAUUUUUAUUAUGUCCAAAAUUAUUGAAAUAUUCAUAUUAUUCAUAAUUUUUAACAGAAGAAGAUCUUUAAUUAUUUAAAUUAAAAAGAACUAAAAAUGAAGAUACAAAUCAAGACUCAAUUAUAGAUGCUAAAUUCACAAAUAGAAAAAUAACUAUAGUUCCAACCAAUUAUAAAAAUUAAUAUGUAUAAUAAUAGUAGACAUAAGAUCUUGUAAGUAUGGUAUUAGAAGAUGAUACAAAAAAUGUAGAGGAAAGUCCUCUUUGGAUAAAUGAUGCUUUACAUGAAGAAUAAUAAGAAGAGAAAGAUUAAUUAUUUAGAAGAUUUCAUAAAGUAGUUGAUGAAGAUCAUGUUAAAUUAACAUUUCGUUUACCAAAAAAGAUUAAACAUUUAAUAGAUGAUUAUGCUGAAAUUAAAUAAGAAAUAUUUUUAAAUGGUUUAGAUUAAAUGACAAUUAAAUCAAAUAAACUUAAAGAUUAAAAAAUUGUAAAGAGAAAUUCUGCUGGUAAACUUAUAUUUGACAAAAGAAUGCUCUUUUCUAAACUAUUUUAAUAUUAAGAAUACUAUUAUGAAACAUUAUAUAAUCAUUUUAGUAAAAUAUUUAUUAAUAAUUAGAAAACAGUUUUUAAAAAUAUUGUAUGACUAGUAGAAUGUUAAAGACUGUUAUCAAGAUUGAAGCUUCAAUAAGAUUUACUAAAAAUACAAUUAUGGAUAAAUAUUAAAUUAUUAAAAUUACUAAUCUAAAUAUAAUAGAAAGUUAAGCUUUAGAUAAAAAAGCUAAAGUAAAUCAAUUAUAUAUAAUAACUUAGGUUGUUAAAUUGCUCAAUAGAUAAAAUUAAGUAGUUAGAUAAAGAUAGAGUGUCUUUUAGAAUCAUUAAUCAUAACAUCUUUAAUUUUUCUUAGAAUAAAACUUCUAAUAGUAAAUUGAAUAAAAUUAUUAAAAAUUGUUACAUUCAAAUGGUUAAAUUAUAUAAUAUUUUAGUUUAAAAUUCGGAAGUAGAAUCAUAUCGUAAUACUACAAAUAGAGCAUUUAUGUCUGAAGACUAAGUUAUAUCUGAUUUUAAUACUUAAAAAAUAACAUCAUUGAGUCUUAAAACACAAAAUAAUAUUUUUAUUAAAGAGGAAAACAAUAAACCUGCUAAAUAAGAUGCUUAAUUAAACUUUUUUAAAAUUCUUAAUAGAAUUUUCAUUUUCUUUUUAAUUAUAUUUAACCUUAUUGUUUUGUAUUAGGGUCCUAAUGUUAAUUAAUUUGAAUUAGAUGAAUUAGGGGUAUAAUAUUAUAUUAUUAAAGUUAUAAAGUGCAAUGAAGUAAUAUGAUUUUCUUAAUAUAAUGAUUGAAUCAUAUGACAAAUUACUCAAUGCAUUUUAUUGUUAAAAUAAUAUCUUAAGUUAAAUUACAAAUUAAUCUGAUUUCUAUUAAGACUUAUAAAAUAGUUUUAAUAAUCAAUUAUCUGAAAUUAAAAGUCUAUAUUAAUAAUCAAAUUUUGUAUAAAAAGUCUAUAAAUCAAAAAAUUAUGAUAAUAACUAAAGUACAAUAGAUUUAAUUAAUUUAUAUACAUCUAAUAUUGGUAAUCUUUAAUUGAUAGAUUAAAAUUAUGAUUUUGAUUAAUAACUUGAUUUCUUUAGAACAAUAUUUAUACCUUUCCUCUUUAAUUAUUAAAGUAGAAAUAUAUUUUAAAUUAUUGAUAAACUAAUUUAAACUUACUAAACAUAAGAUAAUAUAUGUUUUACAAUUAUUAUGACAUCAACUGCAAUAUUUGGAUUUUAUUUAAUCUACAAUAUUUUUAAUAUCCUUAAACUUAUAAUACAAUGCUAAGUAUUAUAUUCAAUAUCUUUAGAAAGUGGCUAAACAAUUAUCUUAUAUUGAAAAAACAUAAGUUGAAGAAUCAAUUAAAUUUUAUUUAAAUUUAAAAUUUCAAUUUUCUUGUAUAAGUAGUCAAAGUGGUUUAAUUUAAAAUAGUAAAUAAAUCAAUAUAUUUUAGAUUAUUUUUAAUCAACCAAUUAAACUAUCAUUAAACAAAUGGAUGAAGAAGAAAAGAGUAGUAAUUUGAAAAGAUAAAAAUAAAAGUAAUAUGAAUUGUCAAAGAGAUGGAAAAGAAUAAAAGUAUUUAUUAAAAUUAAUUAAGGUUCUUAUGAUUAUAAAAUAUCUAUUUUUUAUGUCACUAAUUUCAUUUCUAAGUUAUUUCUACUUUAUUCACAUAAUGAGAUUUAACAAUUUAAUGUUAAAUCUAUUAAAUUCAAAUUACUUUACUAAGGAAACUACAUAAUUGUUAUCAUUGACUAUAUCUAAAGAACUUUUUAUUUAUGAUUUCUUCAAUCAAACAUAUAUAGAUAUCUAAAACUAUAAAUAAAUUCAAUCAAGAUAUAUAAAUAAUAAUGCCGAAUUAUAAUCUGACUUAUAUAAUACCAAUAUUGAUGAAAUUGAUGAAAUAUUUAAUGGAAAUUUAUGUAUUGCUACUAUUAAUUCAAGUAUAUUAUGAGCUAUAUUUUAGUUGUAAAUUUCUAAUACUGUGAUACAUAUUUAAAUGGAGCAUUGAAAUAUGGAUUAAAAUCCUAUAACUUUUUGCUUUCCUAAAUGGCUUAGCAGUUAUUAAACCCAGAAGAGGGACUUUACGAAAACACCACAAUUGAAAAGAUCUUCGAAUUUGAUUAAGUAAAUAUAAUAUCAAUAAAUUAGGUAAACAAAUUUUAAAGAGUAGGAUAUAAUUAAGCUUGGAAAAUUCUUGGGUAAAGAUAUAGUUAAUAUAUUGAUGAGAGUGCUUAGUUGGAAAUAAUUUAUUUGUAUUUCUUACAUUUUAUAUUUAGAUCAUGUUCUUUUACUUUUACUCUUGUACUAUUCAUAGUCUUAUUUGAAAUAAGUUUCUUUGAUCAAAUGUUGCAAAUAAUUUUAGAAGUUCGAUGUUUUUAUAAAAGAUACUUUUCAAAUAACACAAUAGAUAGAUAUAAGAUUAUAAGAGCUUAGCUUAUCUAAUGUAAAAUAAUUAAUAAAUGA